AUGCGCGUCGUCAUCGUGGGCGCCGGUCUUUCCGGCCUCUCACUGGCCGCUUUUUUGCGGCGGCUUAAUGUGGACUGCGUCGUACUCGAGCAGGCGCCGUUUCUGCAGGCCAACUACAUUGCCCCGUAUACGCUCUUCGCCAACGCGCUGAGCUGUUUUAAGGCGUUUGGCAUGGAGCACAUCUUCACAAGCAGCGACAUGCAACCGGAGGCGUGCUUCGGCAUUCAGAGCCACAAGGGAAAGUGGUUGCUCAAGAUCGCGAACAGGAAUCUCCACCUACCGGCGCUGGGCGCCGAGGAUGUCAUCCCGCUCAGCACGGCACCCCCGGCGAACAGCGAGUCGAUCGUCUCGCAGAGACUGUCAGAGGUCAGGAAGCAAGAGAUGGGGUACGUGCCACUUCGGUGCACCCUACCGGCCUCCUAUCUGCGCGAGGCCCUACGGCGAUGCAUACCGGAAAUAAAAUUUUCUGCCCCAGUCAUCGACCUGCUGCCGCAUGACGGUGUCAAAGGCGGGGUGCAUGCGGUACUCGAAGAUGGAAGUACCGAGUGGGGCGACGUUGUGGUUGGCGCGGACGGCAUGCACAGUACGAUUCGGCGCCUCUUGUAUCCUAGCGAGCACGUUGGAACUAGUAGCCGCUCACUUGGGAUGAUGCAGAUUGACGGGUUUGUUGACUGCCCACAUUGCCCACCGCAUCUCAUGCAUCCCGUUGAGUGCUGGGGAACGCGCCGUACACUACAGACAGUUCCCCUCCACCGCUUUGGCGAAAACACUCUCGCCUUCUCGGCAACGCUGCACUCGCCGCCGCAGGAGCUGGUGGACCUCCGGCAAGGUAUGGAUGCCAUGGAGGUGCUGCAGGUGUUUCAGCGCCUGCUCGGUCGCGAAUACGCCGGUUUCGGUGACCGGGUCGCCACACUGCUGUCUCAGGCGAAGUUAGCAGUGCCAACGGAGGUUCUGGAGGUGCCUGUCAUGCCCAGAUGGUACAACCGCCGAGCUGUGCUCAUGGGCGAGGCCGCACACGGGUCACUGCCUUCCUUUCUCAGCCAAGACGCCUCGUUGUGCGUGGAAGAUGCCGCUCUCCUGGCUGUUGCCUUGCUAGAUGUUCCACUGCAACGCGACAGCGGCUUCGAGUACGCGUUCCGCCAGUACGAGACGGUGCGGCGCGAUCGCGUAGAGCGGUACAUACGCCAAUCCCGUCGGGCUCGCAAGUUGACGGCGAUGACGAACGCGGCGCUGCGCAACACGCUGCUGCGACUCACAUCGCCCAUCGCUGUGGAUCUGGCGCAGCGCUGGCUCUCGAACUGGACCUACAGCUCCCAGCAACUAGCGGUGGAUCCAAGGAUCAAGAUGGAGACGGCGUUUCGCUGA